UCCGAUAUUCGUGGUUGCUGGUGCUAGUCUAGAGUAUUUGAUGAUAACUUGGCGUCCAUUUGGUGUGAAUUUUUAUGAAGUGUAUAAGCGCAAACAAGCCAAAGAAAUAGCUGCAAACAGAUUAAACGAAGAAGACUAAUGUCUGGAAAUAUAUCAAUUGCUACUUAUAUCAAAUUUUCACUAAUGGCCAUAACCUCUAUGAUGUUUGGUUCACAAAUUGUCCACAACCAAUACAAGCCAUUAGAUGAUUUAGAAGAUUAUGUUGAAAAAGAAAUGGAAAAAUUAAAAGCAGCCAAAGAAUUAAAAACUAAAUGAAUUGGCAGGAUUACUUAGUGAUAUUUACUUAGUUAUUUGUGAUAAUUAUAUACUAAUGAGUGAUAAUGAAAAAUAAAAUUGAUUUAAUUAAAAUCAUAUUAAGUACUACGGUCUUAGAAUAAUUCAAUGUAAUAUAAUUUAUUCAUAUUAUGCAA